CUCUCUCUCUCUGUCCAGGGGGCGAUCAAGCGGCGGGGAUGACGGGAGUCCGGCCGGUCAUCCGGAGCAGCGCACAGAGCCACCGGCGCACCGACAGUCCGCCGCGGCCGUGACCGAACAAGUCGACACUUUUCCCGGCCACAGAUCCGCGGAGAGACGCAACAAGCUGGAGGCUCCUGGAUCCUGAGCGGGACGAGGAGAAAGUCAGAGCCGCUCCGGAGCUGCUUUUUGGGGAUUACCGGGGACCGGCGGAGCCGCUCCCGGAGGAUUAAAGUUGGGAGGAUGCCGGCGGAGCAGUGAGCGGCCCCGGUGACCCGCUCCACGCCGCGUGGAUUCUAACCGUGAGGACGGAACCGGAGGAGACGCGGUCCUGUCGACUCGGUGCGCCUCCGGAGCGGAGAUGGUUUGACGCAGAUUUUCCCCGCAGGAGUUUCACAUCUGGUAAUCUGGGCCAGUCAGCAGCAGGAUCAGGAUGAGAAGAUGGCUGGCUGUGUGUUUCCAAUGGGACCAGAGAGCUUUCAGCGCUUCACGCCGGACUCCCUGGCGGCCAUCGAGCAGCGCAUCGCCCAGGAGGAGGCCCGACGCCACAAACACUACCAGGAGGACCUGGGCGACGUGGAAAUCCCCCGGCCCCGGCCCGACCUGGAGGCUGGAAAACAGCUGCCACGCAUCUUCGCCGACAUCCCAUCUCACCUGGUGGGCGUUCCCCUGGAAGACAUCGACCCGUACUACUUCAGAGACCACAGGACCUUCAUAGUCCUGAACAAAGGGAAGGCCAUCUUCCGCUUCAGCGCCACGUCGGCUCUGUACGUCUUCAGUCCGUUCCACCCGAUCAGAAGAAUCGCCAUCAAGAUCCUCGUCCACUCGUUGUUCAGUCUCUUCAUCAUGUGCACCAUCCUGACCAACUGCUGCUUCAUGGCCAUGUCAGAACCGGCGUACUGGGCCAAGUACCUGGAGUACACCUUCACAGGUAUCUACACCUUUGAGUCGCUCAUAAAGAUCCUGGCGAGAGGUUUCUGUGUGGGACCCUUCACCUUCCUGAGGGAUCCAUGGAACUGGCUGGACUUCAGCGUCAUCGUCAUGGCAUAUGUGACUGAGUUUGUGGACCUGGGUAAUGUGUCAGCCUUAAGGACGUUCAGGGUGCUGCGAGCGCUCAAAACCAUCUCGGUCAUCCCAGGCCUAAAGACCAUCGUCGGCGCUCUGAUCCAGUCGGUGAAGAAGCUCGCUGACGUCAUGAUCCUCACUGUCUUCUGCCUGAGCGUCUUCGCCCUCAUCGGCCUGCAGCUCUUCAUGGGAAACCUGCGGCAGAAAUGCGUCCGCAGCACGGCGCAUUGCAUCAACGGCAGCCUGCCGGCCAACACCUCCUUCUACUGCAACAACAAGACCUGGACCUCCAUCAAGGACUUCAUCGACGACGAAGACAACUUCUACAAGGUGGAAGGAGCCAAAGACGCCUUAAUCUGUGGGAACAGCAGCGACGCCGGGAAAUGUCCGGACGGGUUCGACUGUCUGAAGGCAGGAAGGAAUCCCAACUAUGGCUACACCAGCUUCGACACCUUCGGCUGGGCCUUCUUGUCCCUGUUCCGCCUCAUGACCCAGGACUACUGGGAGAACCUGUACCACCAGACGCUGCGCUCGGCCGGUAAGACCUACAUGGUGUUCUUCGUGGUGGUGAUCUUCCUGGGCUCCUUCUACCUGGUCAACCUGAUCCUGGCCGUGGUGGCCAUGGCCUACGAGGAGCAGAACCAGGCCACCAUCGCCGAGGCCUGCCAGAAGGAGAGGGAGUUCCAGCAGGCCAUGGAGAGGCUGAAGAAGGAGCAGCAGUUCGCCGCCCAGAAAGUUCUCGACUCCGACUCGAUGUCGCCGGACCUCUCGCCCUUCGGCCCGCCAUUGGACGUCCUGGAGGAGCGGAGGCGGAGCCAGGCACUGGUGGGCAUGGCCGACGUGGAGGUGAACCUAUCAGAGGAGAAGCUGCUGCAGGUGGACAUGACGGACGGAGGGAAGCCUCUCCACCCGCUGCUCGCUCGUUCUUUCUCCUCCAGGACUCGGAGAAGCAGUCAGGUUUCCUCCAUCUUCAACUUCCGUCUGAGGAGUCGUGGGUCGGAGGGCGAGAUGGCCGACGACGAGUACAGCGUCCCGGGAGACGUGGUGGAGGGAGUCGGAGGUCGGACCUACAGCGGUGGGACCUUCAGCGGCAUCCUGAACCAUCCGUGGCCCAAACGGAGGCCGAGCACCUACAGCACGACCAGCCGCAGCUCCCAGGUGUUCUAUCCGACGCUGAACGUCAACGGGAAGCUGUUUGUGUCCAUGGAGCAGAACGGGGUUUCCCCUCCACCACUGCAGGGGCAGCUGUCGGGCUGCACCAUGGAGAAGGUCAAGGAGGAGAGUGUCCCCACGUCGACCACAGAGCUCAGUACGAUGCUGCUUCCUCGGCCGUCGUCCACCCAGGAGUCUGAACGUCGAGGACGAGCUCUGAGCGCCGCCAGCUACCUGACCGACGCCAUGGAAGAGCUGGAGGAGGCCCAUAAGAAGUGCCACCCCUGCUGGUACGUGUUCGCCCACCGCUACCUGGUGUGGGAGUGCUGCCCCUGCUGGCUGAGGGUGAAGCAGCUGGUGAAGGUCAUGGUGAUGGACCCCUUCCUGGACCUGGCCAUCACUGUCUGCAUCGUGCUCAACACGCUCUUCAUGGCCAUGGAGCACUACCCCAUGACCGACGAGUUCAACGGCAUGCUGAGCAUCGGAAACCUGGUGUUUUCGGGGAUCUUCACGGCUGAGAUGGUUCUGAAGAUCAUCGCUCUGGAUCCGUACUAUUACUUCCAGACGGGCUGGAACAUCUUCGACAGCAUCAUCGUCUGCCUCAGCCUCAUGGAGCUGGGUCUGUCCGACGUGGAGGGCCUCAGCGUCCUACGUUCCUUCAGACUGCUGCGAGUCUUUAAGCUGGCCCGCUCGUGGCCGACCCUCAACACGCUGAUAAAGAUCAUCGGGAACUCCAUGGGCGCCCUGGGCAACCUGACGCUGGUCCUCGCCAUCAUCGUCUUCAUCUUCGCCGUGGUGGGCAUGCAGCUGUUUGGGAAGAACUACCAGGACUGCGUCUGUAAGAUCUCCAAGGACUGCGCUCUGCCUCGCUGGCACAUGAAGGACUUCUUCCACUCCUUCCUCAUCGUCUUCAGGGUCCUGUGUGGCGAGUGGAUCGAGACCAUGUGGGACUGCAUGGAGGUGGCCGGCCAGCCGCUCUGCAUCCUCGUCUUCAUGCUGGUCAUGGUCAUCGGGAACCUGGUGCUCCUGAACCUCUUCCUGGCUCUGCUCCUCAGCAGCUUCAGCUCCGACAACCUCUCAGCUCCGGACGACGACGGCGAGAUGAACAACCUGCAGAUCGCCAUCCACCGGAUCACCAGAGGCCUGGCCUGGUGCCGGCGCCAGGUGGUGGACUUCUUCAACGGGAACCUGAAGCGCCGCCGGCAGAAAAGGAAGGAGGCCAAGGCCAUGAUGAAGCUGAAACGUCUGAGUACCAUCCACAGCGAGGCCAACGGAGCCGUCAUAGGCCGUCACGUGGAGAAAUACGUGGUUCCGGAGGACGACAGCUACAUGACCAACCCCAACCUGACCAUCAGCGUCCCCAUCGCCCCCGGGGAGUCGGACGUGGAGCCCGAGGAGGAGGAGGAGGAGGAGGAGGAGGCCGAGGAGGAGCAGAGCGACGCCUCCGAGGAGGAGGAGGGGACUGAGGAGCAGAAGGAGGAGAUCAGCCUAUCAGAGGGCAGCACGGUGGACCUGAGGAAGCCCGGAGAGGAAGAGGACGAAUACUCGGAGACGGCCGAGGAGGCGAUGGACCCCGACAACUGUUUCCCUGAUAUGUGUGUCUCCAGGUUUCAGUGCUGCGACAUCGACACGACGGCGGGUCUGGGCCAGGUCUAUUGGAGGAUGAGGAAGACCUGCUACCAGAUCGUGGAGCACAGCUGGUUCGAGUCCUUCAUCAUCUUCAUGAUCCUCCUCAGCUCCGGAGCUCUGGCCUUCGAGGACAUCUACAUCGAGCAGAGGAGGGUGGUCAAGGUGGUGCUGGAGUUCGCCGACAAGAUCUUCACCUACAUCUUCAUCCUGGAGAUGCUGCUCAAGUGGCUGGCCUACGGCUUCAAGAAGUACUUCACCAACUACUGGUGCUGGCUCGACUUCCUCAUCGUCGACGUGUCGUUGGUCAGUUUGGUCGCCAACACUUUGGGUUAUUCCGACUUUGCGGCCAUCAAAUCCCUCCGGACGCUCCGAGCCCUGCGGCCCCUCAGAGCUCUGUCCAGAUUUGAAGGCAUGAGGGUGGUGGUGAACGCUCUGAUCGGCGCCAUCCCCUCCAUCAUGAACGUGCUGCUGGUCUGCCUCAUCUUCUGGCUCAUCUUCAGCAUCAUGGGCGUCAACCUGUUCGCCGGCAAGUUCGGCCGCUGCGUCAACCGCACCGGCCACAUCUACGACUCGUCCUUCAUCAACAACAAGACCGAGUGCGAGGCGUUCAACGACACCUCGCUCUUCUACUGGAGCAAAGUGAAGGUGAACUUCGACAACGUGGGCGCCGGAUACCUGGCACUGCUGCAAGUGGCGACGUUCAAAGGCUGGAUGGAGAUCAUGUACGCAGCCGUGGACUCCAGAGCUGUGGAGGAGCAGCCCAUCAAGGAGGUCAACCUGUACAUGUACCUGUACUUCGUCAUCUUCAUCAUCUUCGGCUCCUUCUUCACCCUCAACCUGUUUAUCGGCGUCAUCAUCGACAACUUCAACCAGCAGAAGAGAAAGUUAGGAGGACAGGACAUCUUCAUGACGGAGGAGCAGAAGAAGUACUACAACGCCAUGAAGAAACUGGGCUCCAAGAAACCUCAGAAGCCGAUUCCCAGACCUCUGAACACGCUGCAGGGCUUCUUCUUCGACCUGGUGGGGAAGCAGGCGUUCGACAUCAUCAUCAUGGUGCUGAUCCUCUUCAACAUGAUCACCAUGAUGGUGGAGACGGACGAGCAGUCGCCCCAGAUGGAGUACAUCCUGAACAACGUCAACCUGGCCUUCAUCGUCGUCUUCACCGCCGAGUGCCUCAUCAAGAUCGUGGCGCUGCGAUGCUACUUCUUCACCGUCGGCUGGAACAUCUUCGACUUCGUGGUCGUCAUUCUGUCCAUUGUCGGGAUCGUACUCGCUGACAUCAUUGAGAAGUACUUUGUUUCGCCCACCUUGUUCCGAGUGAUCCGAUUGGCCAGAAUUGGACGAAUUCUGCGUCUCAUCAGGGGCGCUAAGGGCAUCCGGACGUUGCUGUUUGCCCUCAUGAUGUCCCUCCCGGCUCUCUUCAACAUCGGGCUCCUCCUCUUCCUCGUCAUGUUCAUCUACGCCAUCUUCGGCAUGGCCAACUUCGCCUACGUGAAGCGGCAGGCGGGGAUUGACGACAUGUUUAACUUUGAGACAUUCGGGAACAGCAUGAUCUGCCUGUUCCAGAUCACCACCUCGGCCGGCUGGGACAGUCUGCUCAGCCCCAUCCUCAACAACUCCCCCGAGGAGUGCAACCCCAACAUCCCCCACACCGGCACCACCGUCAGGGGCAACUGUGGGAACCCGUCGGUGGGCAUCACCUUCUUCGUCACCUACAUCAUCAUCUCCUUCCUCAUCGUGGUGAACAUGUACAUCGCCAUCAUCCUGGAGAACUUCAGCGUGGCGACGGAGGAGAGCACCGAACCGCUGAGCGAGGACGACUUUGAGAUGUUCUACGAGGUUUGGGAGAAGUUUGAUCCGGAAGCCACACAGUUCAUCGAGUACGCCAAGCUGUCUGACUUCGCAGACUCGCUGUCGGAGCCGCUGCGCAUCGGCAAGCCGAACAAAAUCAAACUGAUCUCCAUGGACCUGCCCAUGGUGAGCGGGGACAAAAUCCACUGCCUGGACAUCCUGUUUGCCUUCACCAAGCGCGUCCUGGGCGAGUCGGGGGAGAUGGACGCCCUCAAGCAGCAGAUGGAGGAGAAGUUCAUGAUGGCCAACCCGUCCAAGAUUUCCUACGAGCCGAUCACAACAACCUUGAGGCGCAAACAGGAAGAAGUCUCCGCCACUGUCAUCCAGAGGUGCUACCGCAGACACCUGGUGAGGCGGCAGAUGAAGGCCGCCUCCUACCUGUACCGUCAGAUCACCACACCUCGGCACGCAGCCGGCGACAGCGAGGAAGGCGGCGAAGUGAUGUUUGGGGAGGAUGCGCCUGAGAAGGAAGGGCUGAUCGCCGCCAUGAUGAGGGAGAACUACGGCUCCAGUCUGUUGGGGAUGGAGCGCUCCGAGACCAUUUCCUCCACCUCGUCUCCGCCGUCGUACGACAGCGUGACACGAGCGACGUCCGAAAUCUUUCACCCGCUCGCCGUCAAGACGGAACCGGCGGCUGACGCUGGAGGCAGCGAACAGAGCGAACAGUCGGCGCUCGACACCGACAGACAGCAGGAAACGGUUCCGUAGUCGGAACUGAAAAGCAAAAAAUUCAACAAAUGAGGAUUUUCUCGUUUUGGGUAAAGCCUGUUUGUUCUUUCGUUUACUGAAUGUACCAUAGCUGAGGAACACUGAGGAACGCUGAGGAGAAGCUAUGAGGAGAACCAAAUGGAAUAUUUACUACCUUUAAUAUUUUGUCCUGCUCCCUGUGGAGAUUCCUGGACUCGGCUGAACAGCGUUUCUUGAAGGGCAGCAGAAAAACUGCCAGUUCAGCUCUGCCUUUAGUCGGAGUUCGGACGGAACGUAGAGGAGAACCACUACCUGGAGCCGAGAGUCCAGAACAAUGACUGACCUUGAACCUGAGCUGCAGGAGGUCAGAGCAACUAUAUCACAGAUGUAUCCAUCAUUUAUUGGCCUGGGGGGUUCGUGCCUUCCCACCGAUGAUCAAUAUUCUCAGAGUAUGCUUGGCUGUAGGAGUGACGGCGUUUCCGGUGGCGUUUCUCGACACGUUCCGACGGACCGAGACUCGAGAGAGGAGAGAAAAUAAUGACAACGUGAUUUAAAAAGAUGUUUUGGUAGUCAAAGUAUAACGUUGUUGAUGUUACCAGUCUUUUAAUAGCGGUACAAUUAUUACUAUUUUUUAUAUUUUUUAGAGUAAGUUGAUGAAAAAACGAGCAGUGUCUCUCUUUUGACAUUGAAGUGGCACUAGCUAUGAAAAAGUGGCUGAACUCCCAUGUUGUAAUAGGCGAGAGGAGAGAGUGCGGUCAGGAAAAAGCAACUUCAUCUGUUUUCGUUGGCAGUUUUUUGCACUUUUGAGUUUACAUGUGCCGUCACUUUUGCACACCUGGGCAAAGACACGGUGGAAAAGAGCCUGGGAAGUCUUUAUUUUUCUUCUGAGAACCUUUGCGAUAACACCAAAAACUAGUACAAGUGCACAAUGAGAUUUUCUACACGGCACUGAACUCUUGUAACACGUGUGUUGCCCUGGUGGUGAGCAUCCUCAUGUGCGUCCGUUUGUUUGUUGGCCGGCGGCUGAUUUGUCUCAAAUUUCCAGCUUCUCUUUUGCAGCACCGUUCACCGUCAUAUCAUAACAGGAAGUAACCCCUCAGGUGCAUCUAGCUGCGAUCAAAGCGGGAAAACUGGUGUCCAGUUUGGGAAAUUCUGGUUUAUUUCAACGAGGCUGAAUGUCCUGCAAACACCGAUUUAAGGGAAGAGGGUUUAGCAGUUUUAAAGUUAGUCCAAAAUGCCUCACAAAUGGUCAAUAAUGACGUGAAACUUCUACAAAAUGAAGUUUUAAAAAUGACUCAAAGCAUGUAAAUAAUUCUAAAAAUGUGAGAAAAAAUUACUCAAAAUGUAUCCAGAGAGGAUUCAAAAUUUUUCCUAAAUUAUCAAAAAAGGACUGAAAAUGUGGCCAGAGAGAGAAUUAAUUCACAAAUUGUGCCAAUGAAAUAGUCUUAAAAUAAGUUUGAAAUUGUGCAAAAUCACUCAGAAUUGCCCAAAAAUAUCUUGAAAUUUGUGGAAAACUGGAAAAAAAUGAUUGAGGAUUUGUCAGCAAGUAUUUGAAAUCUGUCUAAAAGGACUUAAAACUUUCCUAAAAUAAGUUAGAAACUGUCCAAAAUUGCUCCAAGCCUGCUCAUAAUAGUUUGAAUUUUCACCAAAACUAUUCAAAAUUUGCACAAAAUGACUUGAAACGAGUCUAAGAUGAUUAGAAAGUUGGCAAAAAAAAUGUGAAACUCUUAUAAAUUGAUUACAAAACCCCAAAAUGAUUCAAAAUUUCAUCCCAAAUUGUUUGAAAAUUUCCAGAAUUACUUGAAAACAUUUCAAAAAGCUUCACAAAUUGUGUAAAGUUAUUUGAAAUUUGUGGAAAAUUAUUUGAAAGAUAUCAGAAAUGUGUUCAGAAGUUAUGAAACUGUUCCUAAAUUGUUCGAAUCUGAUUUAAAAAUGUCCAAAAUGAUUGAAGAUUUGUCAAAAAGUAUUUGUAAAAUGUCCAAAAUGGCAUAAAACUUGCCCAAAAAUAAUUUAGAAACUGUCCAAAAUAGUUACAUUUUAUCCAAAAGAAUUCAGACUUUGCAGAGAAUGACCAGAAAACUGUCAAAAAAAUGCGGAACUCAUCCAAAUUGUUUAUAAAAUCUCUAAAUGAUUCACAAUUUUUCCCAGAUUGUUUGAAAAUUGUCCAGAAUUACUUGAAAACGUUUAGAAAAGUUCCCCAAUUGUUCAAAAUUAUUUGAAAGCAUUCUACAAUUAUUAAAAAACUUCAAAAAAUAUUCCAACUUUUCCCACAAAAGUCUUGAAUUCUGUCUGAAAUUAGUUCAAAACUUCUCCACAGCGACUCGAAACGUGUCCAAAAAAACGUUCGAGUGUAAAUUUUACACGACAAUAAAACAAAGAAGUGUUGAAAUCCACCAGAAUGUCCUUUGGAGCUGAACUGGGAAUGAUGCCAACGAUGUGACGUCACUUUUUGAUGCCAUUAAUAGUUUAGUUCAGAAAACAUCAAACCGCCACCGACUCUCCGUCUGGUCCGAGUUCAGCUCAAACGACUUGAACCGAGUCGCCGAAAGCGUGGAAGCAGCUCCGACCGGCGUCCGACAAUCAGGAUUUCACCGCGUUUAUCUCCACCGGAAGCUGGAAAAGACCGCGCUGUUUUCAACGUCCUGGAAAACCGUCAAAGCAAAAAAAGACGGAGUGAAGUCGCUCCGUCUGAGGAUGAUGAAGCUUCUCAUUUGGUCCGUCUGUAAACAGCCCACGAAUCAAAAAUCUGCUGCAGAACGUCCACAUAAUGAUCCCAAAUGAGGCAAAAAUGACUCACAAAUGAUUGAAAACAGCCUGAAUCUUGUCAAAGUUGAGUGAGAAAUUGUUCAAAAUGACUUAAAAUGUGCUCAGAUAACAUUAGGUUUUUGGAAAACUAUUCAAAAUCUGUCUUUUUCAACGUUUGUCCAAAAUGAAUGGAAAAAAGUGCAAAACGCUUCAUAAAUUGUACAAAAUUAGGUCUGAAAUUGUUCCAGAUUACUCCAGACGCCUCCUAAAUAACGUUAGAUCUCAGGAAAAUGACUCCAAAUGGUUCUGAAAUGAUUUUAAAUUAUUUGAAACUCGUGCAGAAUUGUUCAAAAUGUUCAGAAUCAUUCAAAAUUUGCCCAAAAUCUAUUGAAAAAAGUGCAAAACGCUUCAUAAAUUUUAGAAAAUUAGAUCUAAAAGUUGUUCAAAAAUUACUCAAAUUUAGAAAUUCUUCCAAAUUAUUCAAAAUGUGCUUGAAAUAAUGUACAUUUUUUAGUCAAAAUUCAUCUCUAAAUGUCCUAAAACAACUCAAAACUUGUGCAGAAUUAUUCAAAAUUUGUCCAAAAUGAAUUGAAAAAAGUGCAAAACGCUUCAUAAACUGUAGAAAAUUAGAUGUGAAACUGUCCCAGAUUACUCAAAAUGUGCUCAAAAUCCAUCUGUAAACGAUCAAAAAUGACGUAAAACUCGUCAGAAUGAUUAAAAACUGCUUAACGUCUGUCCUUAACCACUCAGAAUUUGUCCAAAAAAAUUGUCAAAAUGAGAAAUUCUCCUGAAGCUCCUACGAUUAAUCGACCUGGAUGAACAAAUCCGUAGAUUUUCAAAAUAAAAGAAAACUAUCGUCAGCAGGGCGGCGUGUCGAUGCCGUUCAGAUCAAAUAUUAUUCACAAUAAAUCCUAAAAAUGAUUCACCAGUGAUCAGAAAUGACGUCUUGACUUUUUGUUUUCCAGGACUCUAAAAACUUUCCAGCUUCCCGUUUCCUGCUGAACCACGCGUUUCCUUCCAGACGUGGAGAAAUAAAUCCAUAAAUCAACUUCAACUCGACAAAAAAACAACAAAAAAAUUAAAAAAAAAGAUGAAUUUGAAAGAUUUGAUGAAAAGUUUUUUACGGAUUUUCUAUUCAGCUCGUCGGAGACUUUUACGGAUUUUUUCCCGCCGUGACGGAAGGAAACCCUUCGCUUGUUUGUUUGUUUAUUUAUUUAUUUAUUCGCUGCCUUUGCUUUUCGGCGUUUUGUUUUGUCGGGUUCUUUUGGGACGGCUCUUUAUCUAUUUUGCACAGAGAAACAAACAAAAAGCCGCGUCCAGCAAUAAGAGGCGACGCCCGAAGCUUCGAACGAAACCCGGAAAGUGUCAAAGUGUACAAAGCGUCUGUUCGAUGUCUCCAACGGCAACCUCUCUCUCCGUCUCCGUCGUCACCCGAAGGAUCUCCACUAAACACUUUACUAAAAAGAAGAAGAGGAGAGGUUUUAUUUUCCCGGCACCGUCUGGACUCUAUUUCUACUCCGUUGGGCUCGAUGAGCGGAGAAACGUUGGACUCUGCUGGACUCCUAUUUCAGGUUGCAGUUGUGCUGAAGGGCUGUUUUCAGUAGCAAUAGACCCAGAGUGUGCCUGCUACACGUCAACCCAACGCUCCAAGCCAUGCCCCCCCCCCCCGCUGGGACACUCAUUAUUGAUUACUUGGUUGUUCGAUGGAUCGAUUGAUUUUUGAUAACUCCCAGGACUCGCCGCCGAACUGCAACGGAGAGCUGAUCAGCCGCUUCUAAACCCGUCAGAGAGGCUCAGAUUCACCGAAAAGAUGCAGGAAAAGCAGAGCUGGAGCAGCAUCAGGAGGAAAAUACUCAAAAUCUGCCUUAAAUACCUGAAAAUGUGUGAGAAGUCAUUCAGAAUAGGGCCGGAAGUAUUCAAAAUGAGCUCAAAACGAUUCAUAAAUGAUCAAAAAGGACUUGAAACUUGUCCAGAAUUAUUCAAAAAUGUGCAAAAUGAUCCAGAAUGAGUCAAAACGUGUCCAAAAUUACUCAACAUCUGUCUUAAAUACCUUAAAUUAGUCAAAAAUCGAUUCAAAAUGAGCUCAAGAUGAUUCAUAAAUGAUCAAAAAUGACCUGACUCUUGUCUAGAAUAUCCCUGAAGUUAUUCAAAAUGUGUCCAGAAUGAUCCAAAACCCGUCCAAAAUGAUCUGAAACUUGUCUAAAAUGUUCAAAAUGAUUCACAAAUGCUUGAAAAUAGCAAAAAAUAUGUCCAAGGUGAGUUAGACAUUGUUCAAAAUGACUCAGUCUGUCUAAAAUACCUUAAAAUUAGUCAGAAAUCACUUAAAAUGGGUCCAGAAUGAUUCAAAAUGAGCUCAAAAUGACUCAUAAAUGAUCAAAAAUGAACUGAAACUUGUCCAGAAUGUCCAAAAUAUCCACUUAAACAAUAAUAAUAAUAAUAAUUACUAUUAUUAUUAUUAUUGUUAUUAUUAUUAUUGUCCACAUAAAUGAUCCAAAGUGAGUCCAAACCUGUCCGAGGCGGCUUGAAAUUAGUCUAAAAGGUCCAAGAUGAUUCAAAAAUGACUUGAAAAAAGUGCAAAAUUCUUGGUAAAUUGUACAAAAUUAGAUCUGAAAUUGGCGAAAAUUACUCAACUUGUGUCCUAAAUAACUCCAAACCUUUAGAAAAUACCUUAAAAUUAGUCUAUAAAUGAUGAAAAAUUACUCAAAACGUGUGCAGAAAUUUUAAAAAUGUUCAAAAUGAUGUCGAAAAUAAUAUUAAAAAAGUGCAAAACUCUUCAUAAAUUGCAUAAAAUUCCCUGAGAUGUGGCUCUAAGUGACUGAAUGUUGAUAAAACUUUGGGAUUAAAUCCUCUUCAGACAUCAGAGAUCAAGUCCAGGACUUUGGUGAAUCUAAACGAUCUGAAAUCUGUUCAAAACUAUUCAAAGUUUUUCCCAAAAUUUGUUUCAAAAUGAUCCACAAUCUGAUCAGAAUCGGUCCAGAAUGAGCCGUAACGAUGUGAAAACUGUCCAGGAAGACAGAAGCUGUGGUGGAACUGUGGAAUCUGUUCCUCUGAUGAUCCAGAUGUUCCUCUGAUGAUCCAGAUGUUGUCCAGCUUUCGGUGAAUCUGCUCCUCAGACUCUGAGCACAAAGACCAGGAGCAGCUCUCUGAGGACUCUGUGGACCACGUGGUGCUACCCGGGGGUCUGGAAGAGUCCAUUCUGGGACGGUAGGGGGGCGUUCCUUCCUCCUUCUUCUCCCCGUUUCAGAACCAAAAGCUGCUUCGUCACCAUGGAAACGACGACAAUGACGAGGACAGCGGAGGAAAUGCACAGAAAGCUAGUUCCCGAUGUUACUCUUGUUCUCCUAACCGUGUGAUAAAUGCAAUACAGCCGUGGUGUGACGACUCCGGUUCCACGGCCGGUUCCUUCCUCCAGGACCUCCGGCGUCAUAUCAGCCCCAGCGAAGCCUCAUAUCUGGAGAACGUUGCCUUUUUCAGGAGCGGAGGGGAGCAGCGGCCGCACAUUUCCCUCCCUGACACCCCGCCGCCGUCGAUUCUCCGUUUAACAUGCCGACCGCAAACGCAUCGCGCCGGGAAAAGGGGAUCGCUGAGUCGGAGGUGAAGGGUUCUCCACAAGUUCUUCAUUCACAGGUGGACCAGCAGAGUUUAGGAGGUUCCACAUGUAUCCAGUCAUCCAGAACGACUCAGAAAAGCAAAGAUUCAGAACUGGAAGUGAUCAAAUGACUCAAAGUCUGUUCAAAAUGAUUCACAUUGUUUCAAAAUUAUUAGAAAUUUGUUGGAAUUUUGUUAAAAUUAUCCACAAUUAUUCAAAUUCUGUUCAAAAUGAUCUAAAAUUUGUCCAAAAUGAGCAAAAAUAAUUCAGAAUGUGUUCAAGCUGAAACCGUCCAAAAUUGUUGAAACUUUGUUUAAAAUGUUCCAAAAUUUCUGCAAAAUGAUUCAAAAUUAUUUUAAAAUCAUUCAAAAUCUGUCUAAAAUUAUUCAACAUCUGUUCAAAAAUAUUUUAAAAAACACUCAAAAUGUUCCAAAAUUAUUCAACAUUUUUCCAAAAUUCUUCCAGAUUUGUUCCAAAUUCCUCCAGAAUCGGUCCAGAAUGAGCCGUAAUGAUGUGAAAACAGUGAAGAACUUCUCCAGACAGACGUUCUAAGCUGAGGACAGAACCUGGUAGAACGUUCUCCUCCUUCUCAGCGAUCCCCUGCAGCCGUGGAACCGUCGGUGGAACGGAGGCGAGCCGUGCCUCAGUGACCCCCCCCCCCCCCCCCCCCCCCGGUGUUUUAGAGACAAUAAGAAUUAUUAUACCAAUAUAUAAAUAUAUAUAUAAAUAUAUAUAUAUACUUUUUAGUACUUUGAGUUGAAAUACUUUUUAGUAUUUUGCAAAUCCAUGUCUGUGUAUAUAAAACAAAGGCUCCUGUAAUAAACCAGAGAAAACUUUAA